UAUUUUUUUGACAACAGCAUAAUUCAAAUGCAUCAGUUCUUAGAUUUUCCUUAUUCAUUGUCCAGCUUUUGCAUGCGUCUGAAACAAUUGCAAAUACCAUGGCCUGGGUCAGCAGCUUAGUCUUCAGGGUGACAUCUUUGCUUUUUAACACUUUACAGAGGUCUUUUGCAGCAGAUUGGCCAGUGCAAUAUGUCAUUCGAUUUUUUUGUUACAUGUUUACCUUUUUUUUUUUUAAUCGUGUCUUCGUGAAAGUUUACAGCUCUAGUUUCUCAUACAAAAAUUUAUAAUACAUUGUUACGUGAUAGAAUGUUGCAGCAUACUCUUCCUUUCUACCCCGUAUUUCCUGUGCCCAUUCAACCAGCCCCUGUCCCUUUUUGCCUUCUCAUCUUACCUCUGGACAGGAGCUACCCAUUUAGUCUCAUGUGUCUACUUGAGCUAAGAAGUACACUCUUCACAAGUAUCAUUUUAUGUCUUAUAGUCCGGUCUAAUCUUUGUCUGAAGAGUUGGCUUUGGGAAUGGUUUUAAUUUUGGGCUAACAGAGAGUCUGGGGGCCAUGUCCUCUGGGGUGCCUCUCAUUUGAUUUCUUGACUGCCACUUCCAUGGAUGUUGAUUGUGGAUCCAAGUAAAAUGAAACCCUUGACAGCUUUAAUCUUUUUUCCAUUUAUCAUGACAUUGCUUAUUUGUCAAGUUUUGAGGAUUUUGGUUUUCUUUAUGUUGAGUUGUAAUCCAUACUGAAGGCUGUAGUCUUUGAUCAUCAGCAAGUGCUUCAAGUCCUCUUCAUUUUCAGCAAGCAAGGUUGUGUCUUCUGCAUGUCACAGGUUGUUAAUGAAUUUUCCUCCAAUCCUGAUGCUGCGUUUUUCAUAUAGUCCAGCUUCUCAGAUUACUUGUUCAUCAUACAGACUGAAUAAGUAUGAUGAAAGGAUACAACCCUGGCACACACCUUUCCUGAUUUUAAGCUGUGGAGUAUCCCCAUGUUCUGUUCAAACAAUUACCUCUUAGUCUACGUAGAGUUUUCACACGAGCACAAUUAAGUGUUCUGGAAUUCCCGUUCUUUUGUGACGUUAUCUGUAAUUCGUUAUGAUCCACAGUUGAAUGCCUCUGAAUAGUCAGUAAAACACAGAUAAACAUCUUUCCGGCAUUCUCUGCUUCCGGCCAAGAUCCACCUAACAUCAGCACUGAUAUCCUCCAUUCCAUGUCCUCUUCUAAAUCUGGCUUGAAUUUCUGGCAGUUCCCUUCAGUGUACUAGUGCACCUGUUUUUGAAUUAUCUUAAGGUAGUGCAGUGGUUAAGAACUUGGCCACUAACAAAAAGGUUGGCAGUUCAGAUCUACCUUGGAAACUCUAUGGGACAGUUCUAUAGGAGGCAAUUCUACAUUGUCAUACAGAGUCCUUAUGAAUCAAAAUCAAUUUGAUGUCAGUGGGUUUGAGCAUAAUUUUACUUCCAUGUGAUGUUAAUGAGGCGCCCUGGUGGUUCAGUGGUUAACGCACUUGGCUGCUGUCUCAGUCAUCUAGUGCUACUGUAACAGAAAUACCACAAGUGGAUGGCUUUAACAAACAGUAGUUUAUUUUCUUAAAGUCUAGUAGGCUAGAACUCCAAAUUCAGGGCGUCAGCUCCAGGGGAAGGCUUUCUUUGUUGGCUCUGGAGGAAGGACCUUCUCAUCAAUCUUCCUCUAGACUAGGAGCUUCUCUGCACAGGACCCCAGGUCUAAAGGGCACGUUCUGCUCCUGGUCCUUCUUUCUUGGUGGUGUGAGGUCCCCCUCUCUGCUUGCUUCCCUUUCUUUUUAUCUCUUGUAAGAUAAAAGGUGGUGCAGGCCACACUCCAGGGAAAUUCCCUUUACGUUGGGUCAGGGAUAUGACCUUAGUAAGGGUGUUAAAAUACCACCCUAAUCCUCUUUAACAUAAAAUUACAAUCACAAAAUGGAGGACAACCACUCAGUACUGGGAAUCAUGGCCUAAUGAAGUGGACACGUAUUUUGGGGGGCACAGUCCGUGACAGCUGCUAACUGAAAGUUUGAAGGUUUGAACCUACCAGCUCUUUGGUGGGUGAAAGAUGUAGCAGUCUGCUUCUGUAAAGAUUUACAGCCUUCUAAACCCUAUGGGACAGGUCUCCUCUGUCCUAUAGUGUCAUUAUGAGUUGGAAUCGACUCCACAGCAGUGAGUUUUUGGCUUGGUGAUAUUAAUGAUAUUCUUUAAUUUCCACAUUUUGAUGGAUCACCUUUCUUUGAAAUAGGCACGUAUGUGGAUCUCUUCCAGUUGAUUGGCCAGUGUCUUAGAUAUCUAGUGCUGCUAUAACAGAAAAACCACAAGUGGGUGACUUAAACAACAAAUUAAUUUUCUCUUGGUUUAGGAGGUUAGACAUCCAAAUUCAGAGUUCUGGCUCUAGGGAAGGCUUUCUCUCUCUGCUGGCUCUGGAGGAAGGUCCUUGUCCCUUUGAGCUUUUCUGCUCCUGGGGGAUCUUCAUGUGGCUUGGAAUCUCUCUUCCUCCAUCUCUGCUUGCUAGCUUGCAUUUAAUUAAUCUCUAAUAUCUCAAAAGAAAUUGAUUCGGGAUAUACUGUAUACUAAUCCUAUCUCAUUAACAUAAUAAAGGCAUCCCAAUCCCAAAUGGUGUUAUACCCACAGGUAUAGAGGUUAGGACUCAAAACACAUAGUUUUGGGGGCUACAAUUCAAUCCAAACAGCCAGGUAAUUGUCUUCCAAAUUUCUUGGCAUGGACGAUUGAGUGUUUCCAGCAUUGCAUCUAUUUGUUGAAACAUCUCAAUUGGUAUUCCAUCAAUUCCUGGAACCUUGUUUCACCAAUGCCUUCAAUACAGGUUGGACUUCUUCCUUUAGCACCAUUGGUUCUUGAUCCUAUGCUACCCCCUGAAAUGGUUGAAUGGCGACCAGUUCUUUUUGGGACAGUGACUCUGUCUUCCUUCCAUCUUCUUUUGAUGCUUCCUGUGUCAGUUUUUUGGCCAUACAAUCCCUCAAUAUCUCAACUCGAGGCUUGAAUUUUUUGUUCAGUUCUUAACAGCUUGAGAAAUGCUGUGUGUGUUCUUCUUUUUUGGUUUUCUAACUCUAGGUCUUUGUACAUUUCAUUAUAAUACUUUGUCUCUUGAGCCACCCUUUGAAAUCUUUUGUUCACCUCUUUUACUUCAUUUCUUUCAUUCCCUUUAGCUACUCUACAUUCAAGGGCAGGUUUUUAGAGUCUCUUCUGACAUCCAUUUUAGUCUUUUUUUUUUUUUUCUGUCUUUUUAAUGACCUUUUGCUUUCUUCAUGUAUGAUGUCAUCCCACAGCUCGUCAGGUCUGCAGUCAUUAGUGUCCAGUGCAUCAAACCUAUUCUUCAGAUGAACUCUAAAUUUAGGUGGGAUAUACUCCAGGUCACUAUGAGUCAGAAUUGACUCGACGGCAAUGGGUUUGGUUUUUGGUAUACUCCAGGUUGCACUUUGGCUCUCGUGGACUUGUUUUAAUUUCCUACAGCUUUAACUUGAACUUGCAUAUGAGCAAUUGGUCUGUUUCACAGUUGGCCCCUGGCCUUUUUCUGACUGAUGAUAUUGAGCUUCUCCAUCAUCUCUUUCCACCAAAAAAAAAAAAAAAACCCACUGCCGUUGAGUCGAUUCUGACUCAUAGCGACCCUAUAGGACAGAGUAGAACUGCCCCACAGGGUUUCUAAGAAGUGCCUGGGGGAUUUGAACUGCUGACCUUUAGCCAUUACACCACCAGGGUUUCCUCUGUUUCCACAAAUGUAGUCAAUUCGAUUGCAGAAGUUGGUAAAAUCUUUAAUUUCUUCAUCUUUGGCAUUAGUGGUUGGUGUGUAAAUUUGAAUAAUAGCUGUAUUAACUGGUCUUCCUUUUAGGGUUAUGUAUAUUAUCCUAUCGGUGACAGCAUUGUAUUUCACAGGGUAAAUCUUGAAAUGUGCUUUUUCACGAUGAACGUGACGCCUUUUCUCUUCAAUUUGUCAUUUCUAGCAUAGUAGACCAUAUGAUUGUCCAAUUAAAAAUGGCCAAUACCAGUCCAUUUCAGCUGACUAAUGCCUAGAAUACCGAUGUUCGAGUGUUCUAUUUAAUUUUUCACAACUUCCGAUUUUCCUUGAGUCAUUCUUCGUACAUUCCACGUUCUGACUAAUUGGAUGUUUGUAGCUGUUUCUUCUCAUUUUGAGUCAUCUGUUAGAUUAUUGUACUGUGGUAGCUUAUGUGUUGCUGUGGAGCUGGAAACUAUGCUACCAGUAUUUUAAGUACGAGCAGGGCUCCCCAUGGGAGACAGUCUUCAUUGGAGCUUCCAGGCUAAGACAGACUGGUAAGAAGGAUCUGGGAUCUACUUUUGAAAAAACUGGCCAGUAAAAACCUCAUGCAUUUCAGCGGAGCAUUGACGUAGCGCCCAAAGAUGAGGCCCUGAGGUUGGAAGGCCCUCAAAAUAUUGCUGGGGAAGAACUGCCUCCUCAAAGUACAGUCAGCCUGAAUGAUGUGAACGGAGUAAAGCUUUCAGGACCUUCAUCUGCCAAUUUGGUGCGACUCAAAAUGAGCUCAGUUGUAAUUCCUUUAGAAAACCUCCUAAGAGCUUGAGUGAGCUUGUGCUCAAUGAGAAAAUUGGAAAAGAGUUUAUUCUGAUUUAAAAAAAUGUUUAAUAAUCAUGUGGAUGUGAGUCAAAAAAAGAUAGUGAAUCACGAAAUAAUGUUUUAAAAUUUAAAAUUUAUUUGAAAUUGCUUUUUGCCAAAUUUUACCAUGUACAGUUUAAAUCUCCCGUAGGACUGCAAUGAAAUUUUUGUUUGACUAGUAGGAACAGGGAUCUGACUAAACGAGGUUUGAAUUUCUCAUUUAAAAUAUGUGUAGGAAAACUUUACAGGGUGGUGGUUCUACCAAGUCGUCAGGAACUCAGACUUCUUCCGGCUUUCAGUAUCCUUAGUGUUAAGACAUUAGUUCUCAAAACCACAGGAAACUGUUGGCGCAUCAGCCAAGAUGUCUGCAAGAGAAGGGGAAAGGAAAAAGUACAAUAGGGACAUUCCAGAAGCCCCAGCCAGUGACUGCUACUUAAAACUCCUUGACCACCACCUUCUUCAAGGUACCGUCACGUCGUUUGCGACUCAUAGCGACCCUAUCUGUGACCAACAGAAUGGAACAUUGCCGUGUCCUGGGCCAUCCUCACAAUUGUUGGUUAUGCAUUGCUAAAAUGGGUGCUGUUGUCUAAAUUUCUGUGGCCAUGGCACCAAAAUAUAAGAAAGCAUGGGAUUAUGGCAAUCGCAGAGUCCCAGUAAUGCAAGUUCCAUUCAGUUUUUUCUGAAACAAAGCCAUCUGUUUAAGUGAAGCAGAGGAACUGUUGUGGAUUAUAAUAUUUUGAAGAUCUGGAUUUUCAGUGGUUUGAAAGUAGAGCAUCGUUUAACCUUUUAAAUGAAAAGGAUUAAGAUCCCAUGCAACUCUUAUAUCUUCUGGAAGCUGUUCUCCAAAAGGGAAGUGCACAUUUAAAACAGGGAUAAGAUGGUCCUUUCUGUAGGAAUUUAAGCCUAAUUACUUUUACAUCAUGACCAGCUUGAAACGGUCGCAGACAGAAAGGCCCGUUGCCACCGAAAGGGCCUCCGUUGUGGGAACAGAUGGCACUCCCAAAGUGCACUCUGAUGACUUCUACAUGCGACGCUUCAGGUCCCAGAAUGGCAGUUUAGGAUCCUCAGUCAUGGCUCCUGUGGGGCCCCCUCGAAGUGAAGGCCCUCACCAUAUAACCUCAACCCCCGGAGUCCCAAAGAUGGGGGUUAGGGCAAGAAUUGCAGAUUGGCCCCCAAGAAAGGACAACGUGAAAGAAUCUAGCCGUUCAAGCCAGGAAAUAGAAACCUCAAGUUGCCUUGAGAGCAUGUCCUCCAAAAGCAGUCCUGUGAGUCAGGGAAGUUCUGUUAGCCUCAAUUCCAAUGACUCAGCUAUGUUAAAAAGCAUACAGAACACGCUGAAAAACAAGACAAGACCGUCGGAGAACAUGGACUCCAGAUUUCUCAUGCCUGAAGCCUAUCCCAGCUCCCCUAGGAAAGCUCUUCGCAGAAUACGGCAGCGAAGCAACAGCGACAUCACCAUAAGUGAACUUGAUGUGGAUAGCUUUGAUGAAUGUAUCUCACCCACAUAUAAAACUGGACCAUCACUGCACAGGGAAUACGGUAGCACAUCUUCAAUUGAUAAGCAGGGAACGUCCGGAGAAGGCUUUUUUGACUUGUUAAAGGGCUACAAAGAUGACAAAUCUGACCGAGGUCCAACCCCAACCAAGCUCAGUGACUUUCUUAUCGCCGGUGGGGGCAAGGGGUCUGGUUUCUCCUUGGAUGUUAUAGAUGGUGCCAUUUCACAAAGGGAGAACCUCAGGCUGUUUAAGGAGAGGGAAAAACCACUCAAGCGACGUUCCAAGUCUGAAACUGGAGACUCAUCUAUUUUUCGUAAACUACGCAAUGCCAAAGGUGAAGAACUUGGGAAAUCAUCGGAUCUUGAAGAUAACCGAUCAGAAGAUUCUGUCAGGCCUUGGACGUGCCCUAAGUGCUUUGCCCACUACGAUGUCCAGAGUAUAUUAUUUGACUUGAAUGAGGCGAUUAUGAAUAGGCACAAUGUUAUUAAGAGGAGAAACACCACCACAGGAGCUUCGGCCGCUGCCGUGGCAUCCUUGGUCUCAGGACCUUUGUCCCAUUCAGCCAGUUUUAGCUCUCCCAUGGGCAGCACAGAGGACCUGAAUCCCAAAGGAAGCCUCGGUAUGGACCAGGGAGAUGAUAAAAGCAACGAACUUGUAAUGAGCUGUCCAUAUUUUCGGAAUGAGAUCGGGGGAGAAGGUGAAAGGAAAAUCAGCCUGUCGAAGUCAAAUUCUGGUUCUUUUAGUGGAUGUGAAAGUGCCUCCUUUGAGUCUACCCUUAGCUCCCAUUGCACAAACGCCGGAGUUGCAGUUCUUGAAGUGCCCAAGGAAAACUUGGUGUUGCAUCUAGAUAGAGUGAAAAGAUACAUUGUGGAACACGUGGAUCUUGGUGCAUACUAUUAUAGGAAAUUUUUCUAUCAAAAGGAACACUGGAACUAUUUUGGGGCUGAUGAAAAUCUUGGUCCGGUGGCUGUGAGCAUUCGAAGGGAAAAACCAGAAGAAAUGAAAGAAAAUGGAUCUCCAUACAACUACCGGAUAAUUUUUAGAACUAGUGAGCUCAUGACACUGAGAGGGUCAGUCCUGGAGGAUGCCAUCCCCUCAACAGCAAAGCACUCAACAGCCAGGGGGCUUCCCCUGAAAGAGGUGCUGGAGCAUGUGAUUCCCGAGCUCAAUGUCCAGUGCCUGCGGUUGGCCUUCAACACCCCCAAAGUCACAGAACAGCUGAUGAAACUGGAUGAACAAGGGCUGAACUAUCAGCAGAAAGUAGGCAUCAUGUACUGCAAAGCUGGACAGAGCACAGAAGAAGAGAUGUACAACAAUGAAUCAGCCAGCCCAGCCUUUGAGGAAUUCCUUCAGCUGUUGGGAGAACGAGUUCGGCUCAAGGGAUUUGAGAAGUACCGUGCACAGCUUGACACCAAAACUGACUCCACUGGAACUCAUUCUCUGUAUACGACAUACAAAGACUAUGAAAUCAUGUUCCAUGUUUCUACCAUGCUGCCCUACACACCUAACAACAAGCAACAGCUCCUACGCAAGCGGCACAUUGGAAAUGAUAUCGUAACAAUAGUUUUCCAAGAACCAGGAGCACAGCCAUUCAGCCCGAAAAACAUUCGUUCCCACUUUCAACAUGUUUUCGUCAUUGUCAGGGUUCACAACCCCUGCACGGACAGUGUCUGUUACAGUGUGGCAGUCACCAGGUCCAGAGAUGUGCCUUCCUUUGGGCCUCCCAUCCCCAAAGGAGUCACUUUCCCUAAAUCGAAUGUGUUCAGGGACUUCCUUUUGGCCAAAGUGAUUAAUGCAGAGAAUGCUGCUCAUAAAUCAGAAAAGUUCCGGGCCAUGGCUACUCGGACCCGCCAGGAAUACCUGAAAGAUCUGGCAGAAAAGAAUGUCACCAACACCCCUAUUGAUCCUUCUGGCAAGUUCCCAUUCAUCUCUCUGGCCUCCAAGAAGAAGGAGAAGUCCAAGCCAUAUCCAGGAGCUGAGCUCAGUAGCAUGGGUGCCAUUGUGUGGGCAAUUCGGGCCAAAGACUACAACCAGGCUAUGGAAAUCGACUGUCUUUUGGGGAUCUCCAAUGAGUUCAUUGUCCUCAUUGAACAGGAAACAAAGAGCGUGGUUUUCAAUUGCUCCUGCAGAGAUGUGAUAGGGUGGACUUCAACUGACAACAGCCUCAAAAUUUUCUAUGAACGAGGAGAAUGUGUUUCUGUGGAGAGUUUCAUAAACAAUGAGGAUAUCAAAGAGAUUGUCAAAAGGUUACAGUUUGUGUCAAAAGGUUGUGAAUCAGUGGAGAUGACUCUGCGGAGGAAUGGGCUGGGACAGCUUGGCUUCCAUGUCAACUAUGAGGGCAUCGUGGCUGAUGUAGAGCCCUAUGGCUAUGCCUGGCAGGCAGGCCUAAGGCAGGGCAGCCGGCUGGUAGAGAUCUGCAAAGUGGCAGUGGCCACUCUGAGCCAUGAGCAGAUGAUCGAUCUCCUGAGAACAUCCGUCACAGUGAAGGUGGUCAUUAUCCCCCCCCAUGAUGACUGCACCCCACGGAGGAGUUGCUCUGAAACCUACCGCAUGCCAGUGAUGGAGUACAAAAUGAACGAAGGGGUUUCGUACGAGUUCAAAUUUCCUUUCCGAAAUAACAACAAAUGGCAGAGGAAUGCCAAUAAGGGGGCCCAUUCGCCUCAAGUCCCAUCCCAGGUACAGAGUCCCAUGGCCUCGCGACUGAAUGCUGGAAAGGGAGACGGGAAGAUGCCUCCUCCCGAAAGAGCCACCAACAUUCCUCGAAGCAUCUCCAGUGACGGACGUCCACUGGAGAGGCGACUGUCUCCUGGUUCAGACAUCUAUGUGACGGUCUCAUCCAUCGCUUUAGCAAGAUCCCAGCAGUGCCGUAACUCCCCUAGCAACCUAUCUUCAUCCAGCGAGACUGGCUCUGGUGGGGGCACUUACAGACAGAAGUCCAUGCCAGAAGGGUUUGGAGUGAGCCGCAGAUCCCCAGCCUCCAUUGACAGGCAGAAUACCCAGUCAGAUAUCGGCGGCAGCGGAAAAUCCACACCCAGCUGGCAAAGGAGUGAGGACAGCAUUGCUGACCAGAUGGAGCCAACGUGCCACCUCCCAGCAGUAUCAAAGGUACUGCCAGCUUUCCGAGAGAGCCCCAGUGGGAGAUUGAUGCGGCAGGAUCCAGUGGUUCAUUUGUCUCCAAACAAGCAAGGGCAUUCUGAUAGCCACUACUCGAGCCACUCCAGUAGCAAUACCCUCUCCAGCAAUGCAUCGAGCGCCCACAGUGACGAGAAGUGGUAUGAUGGGGACCGCACUGAAUCCGAACUCAGCAGCUAUAACUAUCUGCAGGGCACGUCUGCGGACAGCGGCAUCGACACCACCUCCUACGGCCCCGGCCACGGCAGCACAGCCUCCCUGGGGGCUGCCACAUCAUCGCCUCGCUCAGGGCCUGGCAAGGAGAAGGUGGCACCCCUGUGGCACAGUUCCAGUGAAGUCAUCUCCCUGGCAGACCGGACUUUAGAGGCGGAGAGCCACGGCAUGGACCGGAAAGCCGAGUCUUCACUGAGCUUGGAUAUCCACAGCAAGAGCCAAGGAGGCUCCGGCCCUCUGACGAGGGAGAACAGCACUUUCAGUGUCAGUGAUACUGCCUCCCACACAAGUACCAUGAGCUCCCGACACUCGGCCAGCCCGGUCGUUUUCACCAGUGCCAGGAGUUCCCCUAAAGAAGAGCUUCAUCCUGCCACCUCUUCGCAGCUCGUACCUUCAUUCUCUUCUUCCUCCUCCUCCUCGUCUGGUCCCAGGACUUUCUACCCUCGCCAGGGUGCUACGAGCAAGUACCUGAUUGGGUGGAAAAAACCAGAAGGAACCAUAAAUUCUGUGGGAUUUAUGGACACAAGAAAGCGUCAUCAGAGUGAUGGCAAUGAAAUAACCCACACCAGGCUACAGGCCUCAACCAGGGACCUCCGAGCAUCUCCUAAGCCAGCUUCCAAGUCCACCAUUGAAGAGGAUCUAAAGAAACUGAUAGACCUUGAAAGCCCAACUCCUGAAUCACAGAAAAAUUUUAAGUUCCACGCACUCUCCUCUCCUCAGUCUCCUUUCCCUCCCACCCCCACCUCAAGGCGGGCCUUGCACAGAACGCUGUCGGAUGAGAGUAUUUACAGUGGCCAGAGAGAGCACUUCUUCACCUCUAGGGCCUCACUUCUGGACCAAGCCCUGCCCAACGAUGUCCUCUUCAGCAGCACGUACCCUUCUCUCCCCAAGUCUCUUCCGCUGCGGAGACCUUCUUACACCUUAGGGAUGAAGUCAUUGCAUGGAGAGUUCUCGGCUUCAGACAGCUCCCUUACUGACAUCCAGGAGACCCGAAGGCAGCCCAUGCCCGACCCCGGCCUGAUGCCCUUGCCUGAUGCUGCUGCAGAUUUGGAUUGGUCCAACUUGGUAGAUGCUGCCAAAGCCUACGAGGUCCAGAGAGCCUCGUUCUUUGCUGCUAGUGAUGAAAAUCAUCGCCCCUUGAGUGCUGCAUCCAACAGCGAUCAGCUUGAGGACCAGGCUCUGGCCCAGAUGAAGUCUUACAGCAGCCAUGGAGGCUCUUGCCAACAUGGCCUUUUGUUUCUCAUUCCCAGCAGUAAAGAUUCCUCUCCCACUCUGGCUUCCAAAGUGGACCAGCUGGAAGGCAUGUUGAAGAUGCUUCGGGAAGAUUUGAAGAAGGAAAAAGAAGAUAAAGCCCACCUUCAGGCCGAAGUUCAGCACUUGCGUGAGGACAACCUGAGGCUACAAGAGGAGUCCCAGAAUGCCUCGGACAAGCUGAAGAAGUUCACAGAGUGGGUCUUCAAUACCAUAGACAUGAGCUAGGGAAGGCUAAGGUGGAAAGGAGAAGGGGGACCACAGGGACUGCGGAGUGCUGCGUUCUCUAACCAGGGUGUUGAAGCCUCCCGUUGAUGCCAUUCAGAGUGUUCUCACAGCACCUCCCCCAGC